AUGGUUGCUACAUUUGAAUGUUCUUUUCUAGUGUGGAAACUUACUGGUAGUAUGAACACUGCACGGUUUUAUCACACAACAUCCACAUUGGGAAAUGGAGAUGUCUUAGUUGCUGGUGGAACCAGUGGUGCUGGGGUGUUGAGUAGUGUCGAAGUGUACGAUCCAUCGACAGGACUCUGGACAACUAUUGAGCCCAUGAGUACUGGACGAUUUUAUCACACAGCAUCCAUAUUGACAAAUGGAAAUGUUUUAGUUGUUGGUGGAUGGGAACGGGAUCGUGGUAUCUCGAAUACUGCCGAAGUGUACAAUCCAUCCACAGGAUUCGGGAUAACUACUGAGCCUAUGAACACUGCACGAGUGCAUCACACAGCAUCCAUAUUGACAAACGGAAAUGUCUUAGUUGCUGGUGGAACCGCUGAUGAUCUUAUCGCAUUGAGCAGUGCCGAAGUGUACAAUCCAUCCACAGGACUCUGGACAACUACUAACGCCAUGAGCACUGGACGAAAAUAUCACACAGCAACCAUAUUGCCAAACGGAAAUGUCUUAGUUGCUGGUGGACUCAGUAAACUUGGCCCAUUGAAUACUGCCGAAGUGUACAAUCCAUCCACAGAACUGUGGACAAUUACUGACUACAUGAGCCAUGAACGAUAUGAUCAUGGAGCAUCCAUAUUGACAAACGGAAAUGUCUUCGUUGUUGGUGGAACUGCUGAUGGUCGUAACCAGUUGAGUAGUGCAGAAGUAUACAAUUCAUUCACAGGACUGUGGAUACUUGCUCAGGCCAUGAACACUGCACGAACACGUCACACACAAGUCACACUGGGAAAUGGAAAUGUCUUAGUUGCUGGUGGACUUUUUGGUACUAGUUCCGCAUUGAAUAGUUCUGAAGUGUACAAUCCAUUCACAGGACUCUGGACAACUACUAACGCCAUGAGCACUUUACGAUUUUAUCAUACAGCAUCCAUAUUGACAAACGGAAAUGCAUUAGUUGCUGGUGGAUGGGGUAUUGCUCGUUUCGCAUUGAGUAGUGCAGAAGUAUAUGAAUGA